GGUCUCUUCCGGUUCACGCCGGAGCAGAGGAAGCCGGGCGGCCAUCUUGGAUCAUCCGGGAGCGGCGGCGCUGCUGCUGCUGCUGCUGUUGCUUCUGGCUGAAGCGGGCUGGGUGGUGGGGAGGAAGGAGGAAGCCCGCUCGGUGGCGGUGGAGGCGGCGGCGGGUCUCCUCCGCGCUCGGUGUUGUCGGAGAAGGGAAGGCUCGGCGCCAGACCCCUCAGGCUGAGGAAGGAGGGCCCGCUCUUGUUAGCAUAGCGGCGGCAGGAGGAACCGGGACUUUCUCUGGAGGAGGAGGAGGAGUCGGGGCGGGGGGCGAAAGGCAUGAGCGCCGAGGGCCGGUGAAGCGGGGCUUGGGGUCCUUUGAGGCGGACGGAAGCCUCCCCUGGGCAGCUCUGAGAGGGGGUUCAUCCUCCCCGACUCCGGUUUAUCCCCCCCUCUCACUUGGACUCCGUCUCUGCAGCGCCCCGAAACACCCCCCCCUCGCCCGCAGCCCCGUCCCCUCCCUCCUCAGAAGCGGCUCUGGUCUCUCCUCGUCUCCCUCCCUGCCCCCCCCCUAACCCAGGCACACGCUUCUCUUUCUCCCCCACCCCUCUUUUUUUGUGCUCCGUGAGAAUCCCCGUCUUCUUUAAUCCGCCGCCUUCGAAGGAUCCUAAUCUGGUCUGUAGGAUGAUCCCUGAAGACUCCCGGGAGGAUACAAUGCUCCAUUAUCAGACUGGAAUAUAGAUGAGAAACGGGGGUCGUGGUGGAGAAGGGGGAAGCAAGCCGGAUUUCCCUCCCCACACUCCCCUUCUUUUCCCACCCACCCCCACCCUUGAUGGUGGUGCUUCGUAACCACUAUCAUGCAGUAAAAAUGCGAUUUUUUUUGUAAAUAUAUAUAUAUACAUAUACAUAUAUAUAUAUAUAUAUAUAACUAUUCGGAGGGGGGAGGGUGUUAGGAUUUUCUAUAUCUGUAUACACCAUACGUUAGCUGGAUUUUGCCAUUGCAAACGGUGCUUCAGCGCAAGUGGAUGAAAAUGUCCACUAGAACUCCGCUGCCCACAGUGAAUGAACUGCCCACCGUGAAUGAAAACGAUGCCGGAACAUCAGUAGGGGAAAGCUUUUCUGAAAAGCACACCUCUCAUGGCGAAGGACGGCAGGAAGCUCCCCCUCGACCUAGUCGGUCUGGUGCCCGCUGUAGGAAUUCUAUAGCUUCCUGUGCAGAUGAACAACCCCAUAUUGGGAAUUACCGGCUUCUUAAAACGAUUGGAAAGGGGAAUUUUGCAAAAGUCAAACUGGCCAGACACAUUCUUACUGGCAGAGAGGUUGCAAUAAAAAUAAUUGACAAAACACAGUUGAAUCCAACUAGUCUACAGAAGCUGUUCAGGGAAGUGAGGAUAAUGAAGAUUUUAAACCAUCCCAAUAUAGUUAAAUUAUUCGAGGUAAUUGAAACCGAAAAAACGCUCUACUUAAUCAUGGAGUAUGCAAGUGGAGGGGAGGUGUUUGACUAUCUAGUUGCACAUGGAAGAAUGAAGGAAAAGGAAGCAAGAGCUAAAUUUAGACAGAUAGUAUCUGCAGUGCAGUAUUGCCACCAAAAGCAUAUUGUUCACAGAGAUCUCAAGGCUGAAAAUCUGUUGCUUGAUGCAGACAUGAACAUUAAAAUAGCCGAUUUUGGUUUUAGCAAUGAGUUUACAGUUGGAAAUAAACUGGACACAUUUUGUGGCAGUCCUCCAUAUGCUGCUCCGGAACUCUUCCAAGGCAAGAAGUAUGAUGGACCUGAAGUAGAUGUUUGGAGCUUAGGCGUCAUUCUUUACACUCUUGUGAGCGGUUCUCUGCCUUUUGAUGGGCAGAAUCUAAAGGAACUGAGAGAAAGAGUGCUGAGAGGGAAAUACAGGAUUCCAUUCUACAUGUCAACGGACUGUGAAAACCUACUGAAACGUUUCCUGGUGCUAAACCCAACUAAAAGAGGCACUCUUGAGCAAAUUAUGAAGGACAGAUGGAUCAAUGCAGGGCAUGAGGACGAUGAACUUAAGCCUUUUGUUGAACCAGAGCUAGACAUCUCGGACCAGAAGAGAAUAGACAUUAUGGUUGGAAUGGGAUAUUCUCAAGAAGAAAUACAAGAAUCUCUUAGUAAAAUGAAAUAUGAUGAAAUCACUGCUACAUACUUGCUACUGGGGAGAAAAUCAUCGGAGUUGGAUGCCAGCGACUCAAGUUCCAGCAGCAACCUUUCGCUUGCAAAAGUCAGGCCAAGUAGUGAUCUCAACAACAGUACUGGACAAUCUCCCCAUCACAAAGUGCAGAGAAGUAUAUCUUCCAGCCAGAAGCAGCGACGGUACAGUGACCAUGCUGGUCCAUCUGUUCCUCCAGUAGUGGCAUAUCCAAAAAGAAGUCAAACUAGCACUACAGACAGUGACCUCAAAGAAGAAGGUAUCCAGUCUCGGAAAUCCAGCAGCAGCACUGCUGGAGGAAGAGGAGUUGCUCCUGCUAGCCCUAUGCUUGGGAAUGCCAGCAAUCCAAAUAAGGCUGAUAUUCCUGAGCGUAAGAGAAGCUCUGCUGCACCCAAUAACAACACUGCGCCUGGGGCCAUGACGCGGCGAAAUACAUAUGUUUGUAGCGAAAGAACAACCGCAGACAGACAUUCAGUCAUUCAAAAUGGCAAAGAGAGCAGCGCUGUUCCUGAUCAGAGAACUCCAGUUGCUUCAACUCACAGCAUUAGCAGCGCAACAACACCUGACCGUAUCCGUUUCCCAAGAGGAACUGCCAGCCGCAGCACUUUCCAUGGCCAGCUCAGAGAACGGCGCACUGCCACUUACAAUGGGCCCCCUGCAUCACCCAGCCUGUCUCAUGAAGCAACCCCACUUUCGCAGACACGAAGCAGGGGCUCCACUAACCUGUUCAGUAAAUUGACUUCAAAGCUGACGAGGAGAAACAUGUCAUUCAGGUUUAUCAAAAGGCUCCCAACUGAAUAUGAGAGGAACGGGAGAUUUGAGGGCUCAAGCCGCAACGUGUCCGUUGACCAGAAGGAUGACAACAAAGAAGCCAAGCCCCGUUCGCUACGAUUCACCUGGAGCAUGAAGACCACCAGCUCCAUGGACCCUAACGAUAUGAUGAGGGAAAUCCGCAAGGUCCUGGACGCCAAUAACUGUGACUAUGAACAGAGAGAGCGUUUCUUGCUCUUCUGUGUCCAUGGAGACGGCCACGCAGAGAACCUCGUGCAAUGGGAGAUGGAGGUGUGUAAGCUGCCAAGACUGUCGCUGAACGGAGUUCGCUUCAAAAGGAUAUCGGGAACAUCCAUAGCUUUUAAAAACAUUGCUUCCAAAAUUGCCAAUGAAUUAAAGCUGUAAUGGGAAGAGCAAUCAAGUUUGUAAAUUUAAAAGUAGCAAAUUUCAAGUGGUUUUUUUCCGUUUUGUUUUUUUGAGAACACCAAUGGAAAUGUAUAGAAUAAUAUUUAGGGCAAUAAUUUCUGCAUCUUCUGAAUCAUGAUAUUAAAACUGUUGAGACAAGCUGCUGAGCUGGGAGGGAGAAUUGGACUUUUUAUAUAUAUACAUAUAUAUAUAUAUAUAUAUAUAUAUAUGCACUACAGCAUUAAAGUUGCCUACUAUGUAAAAUAUUAUUCCCUUCUGCUUUAUUUCCAUUGCUCCGAGUCUUGGCGAACAAUCUGAAACACACAAAUAUAUACCUUUGAAUAUUCCUCUUGUUUGUGUGGAUGUGUGAAUGUACCGUAUGUGUGUAUAAUUAUAAUAUAAAAAGUAUUAUAUGUAAACCAUUUAAAGCAUUAGAGCUGUA